CUUCAGGGAAUGUUCCCUAAAGGACCCAUGAAAUUUCUCAGUGAAUUUAACAACUACUGUAACUUUUCACAGUUUUAAUCUAAAAAGUUUCACUUCAAACACCAAUAGAACAGUAUUAAGAUUUGUACUGCAUCUCAUUUUUAUAAGAAAGGAUUGGUAUAAAGUUUGAGUAUAAUGAGUCCCCUUGCUUAUGAGUUUACAGAGAGCAUUCAUCUUUCAGGAUGAGGCUUUCCAUUCUUAAUUGUUUCAAAACACUCGAGAACCGGGGAGUUAAUUUAAAAUCCCUGCCGUCUCCUCAGCUUCACGCAUUCAUUUGGGUUGGAGGGAUUAGGGUGGCAUCCAUCUUCUAAUUACACACUCAUCAUGCCUUCAACUUGAAGAUUAAAUUGAGACGGAGCAGUCCCAGUGACACAGAGGAUGCAUCAGAGCGCUGCAGAUGGUUGAUGAAGAAACCCAGCGCUGGUUAAGUGUUAAAGUAGGUGCAAUUGAAAGAGUCAAACAGACGUCUGGGAUUGAAGCUCCUCUCUGCACCCUGUUCUAGAUGGGUGUUGGGUUCUUUAUCUUUAACUAUCACCACAUUGUCACAGAAAUAAAGGAGGCAGCUGAUUGGGGAAUCUUUUGGCUUUAGAUAAGAGAAAACCCUUAUCUGUGUUUUCCCCUUGCGGGGGAAAAAUACUUUAAACACCAAUAGCACAAAUCUAACACUGCUGUGACUUCUGACACACUUAAUAAUCUGAUCUAACUGAUGACAUACUUUAAUUGUCAGAUUACUACGCUGAUAACUUCUAAACUUUGCAUGUAGUUGUAAGAUGAUAAGUUGAGAUUUAAAACUUUAGGUGAGAUGAAUAAAUAAAAGUUUUUAGGAGCCAACAGAUGUUGCUUUGCUGCUUUCGCUUAAAUAAUAAAGCCAUAAAGAGACUUGUGAAGGUGUCUGAGGGUGUGUUCGCACCCCUUUGCUUGUUUCCCACUUGGGGGAGGGAGCAAAGGCAUUGUUUCAUCCUGUUGUCGCUCAAGGCUAAUUGCACCCGUAGAAUCUAUUGCUCUUAAAGGCAAUUCGAGUUUAUGUGGGAUUUACUGCUGAGGAUCUGUGGGGGAACACAAGGUGAGGAGAGUUCAACCUUCACUCAGGGUGAAGGAGAAUGAAGAAAACGGUACUGAAGUUCACCAUCCUUGAAGAUCAGUGUAAUUAUGUUCAGGUAUAGUACUGUAAUAAACUAGUUUACUCCCUUAUACACUUUAAUCUGUGUUUGCCAGGCUUAUGUUUCACAUUAUCAAAUAGGUGACUAAAGCCAAGAUUACUUGGAUUGUGUUGUUUCCCCUCAAUAUAUAUUUUUGUACAAACAUUAGGGAUGCACUGAUACUAAAAUUCAGGCUGAUACAUUUGACACCUUGGAAAAGAAAGCGACCAUACAGCUUAGAAAACAUAAUUUCUUCGUCAAAUAUUACAUUUAUUUGAUCUGAAAAAUUGAAGAGUGAGAAAAUGAAACAACAUUUUUGUCACAUUUUGCCACAUAAUCAGUUAUUUUUUACUUUCAUAGAGCUAAUCCAUUUCUAUUCGGACAGACACAGAACCUGCAGUGACGCAAACUUUCAUGUAGAGCAUACCUCAACACACUUUACUCCCAGAUAAGUGUCUUGCUGAAGUUGUACAUAUAAUAAGCCUUUAUGUGAGUCAAGGCGGGAUGGAGAUAAAUGGUCAGAUGUAAUGCUGCACAAAGGUAAACAGCUGGGAUUAAAGGCAAGGCACUUAAAACCAGUCUGUACAGCAUAAUGCUGCAAAAUGACCUGGGCGUCUUACAUAAGCUGAGGAAAGCACACCUCACCUUUGACAUAUUUCUGAUAACAAUUGUAACCUGAGCAGCAUAUUUUUUUUUUAAAUGGGAAUUCUAAACAAGCUGUUACUGUAUAGAGGAAGUGAAAGUGAUUGUUUUGAAGAUGGAGCACUUUAAGGCUUUCAGGACAAGAACAAGUAAAACUCCCGCAGUUUUCUCAGAGAUGGUGCCGGGUUGGAGACGGAGUGAUAAUUGCAACCUGGUCUCGCAUGAUUCAGUUAAAAGCUGUAAUGUAAAUUCUCAUGCAGCUGUGGUGCAGUAGAACUGCAGAACGUGUCUUUUAACGUGCUUUCUCUGCUGUAUCACCACCCAGUUGAUCUCAAAGUGACUGUGCGUAUUUACAUGUUACACAACUUGCAACCUCUGUUCAGUUUUAUACUUGUGUGUGUGUUUGUGUGCGUGUGCAAAGGUUACUUAAGAUGAGCUGCAUGAGUGAGCUCUUUUCAGAUGGACAGAGCACCAGCAGGAGAAGGAGCAUCAUGGCAUUGCUCUUGUGGGUCGGCCUGUCGCUGCUGCUGGCUGUCCAGUCCGGUGCGGUCAGAAACUGCCAUCCCAGCUGUCACUGUGAGGUGGAAAGCUUCGGGCUCUUUGACAGCUUCAGCCUGACCAGGGUGGACUGCAGAGCCAUGGGCCCCAGUGUCACCAUGCCUAUUGCCAUCCCUUUGGACACCGCCCACCUGGACCUGUCGUCCAAUGAUAUGGGCCCUCUCAGCGAUGCCAUGUUAGCCGGUCCAGGCUAUACCACACUAAUUAGUCUGGACCUCAGCAGCAACAAAAUUACUAAGGUUAGCCCCAGUGCAUUGUCCAAACUGCGAUACCUGGAGAGUUUGGAUCUGAGCUACAACAAUCUGGAGAGUCUGUCUCCAAGCUGUUUCUCGGGCCUCCCUCUGGCCGAGGUGGACCUCAGUCACAACAGUUUCCAGGAGUUUGACAUGGCUGUGUUCGCUGCUAAAGUGAAUGGUGAACCUGUCACUGUGGAUCUGUCCCAUAACAAGCUUGUGUCAGUUUCUGCCACCUUGCAUGGAAGAGCUUUACAUAUUCAGAGUGUCAAUUUGUCAGUGAACCAGCUGGUUAACGUACCAAACAUGGCGGGACUUCCACUGAGGUACCUAAAUCUGGAUGCUAACCCAAUCCUGAAAAUUAAGAAGGGAGCUUUUGCUCAGCUGAAAGAUUUGGUUUAUUUAUCCCUCAGUGGCCUCGGUGGACUUCAUGAAAUUGAGCCGCAUAGCUUCAGCGAUCUCCAGAACCUGCAAGUUCUGGACCUCUCGAAUAACUCGAAACUUAAGAAUCUGAGCCCUGCAGUCUUCUGUGGACUAGACUCUCUGCAGGAGCUCAACUUGUCUGGCUCUGGUGUGACUUCUUUGCCAACCAACAUGUUGAGCCACCUUCCCAGCAUCAAGAGUAUCACUCUUGGACAAAGCGUCCACUGCUGGAGGACGCAAAAACAGGGACAGUUCCACCGACAGAUGGGGCAGGUCCAGCAUAACGAAGAGCUGCACUGUAACGUAGACGGCAUUGUGUCGUGAGACCAGGCCUCAGGAAAUGAACCACUCCUAACAUUCACGACUGCAGGGCUGAGGCUUGUCGUCUGCUCUGAUAUGUAAAACAGUCUGAGUCGCUCUCGCUCUGUUAAAUCUGUUCUCUGGUGAUACUGUGGAUCACACCUUUUCAUUUUUAUGAAGCUUUGAGAAAUCUUUGGACACUUUAUAAUACUUGCUGUAUUUUUAGCAGCACAGGCCAACUUCUUCAUUGUUUUAAUAUAUUUCACUUUUUAAACUCAUAAAAAAAACGCAUCAUGAAUUAAUUUUAAUAUGUUGGAGUCAUAUCUUUCACUUCAUUGGAUUGUCUUAAGAUCUACUUGAACGUAGUCCUAAUGUGGUAUUUUCUUUAAUAUUGUACUUAUACAAGUCAGAAAUUGACGAACAUUGUUACCAUUUAACCACUAAAAGUACUCAAGACUUUGAAUGUCUGGAUGAGGGGACAAUUUUUAACUUGAUUAGAUUUUUUUUUUCUUAUCAAUUUGUUUUUUUUUUAUAUUGUGUUCAAUUUAUCUCAGAUUUCAGAACUUGAAUUAUUUUUUUCACAAUAAUGGAGCUAGCCUUUUCUAGCUAGAAGCAAAAACCAGGCUGCCCACUUUAAGCAAUAUAAAACAUACAAACACAUUUCUCUUUAUUUUAUGCAUUUCAAAAUAAAAUGAACAUACAAUUGCAAAUUGUACAGUGGUGGUAAAAUAUAAAACAUCCACAGUGCAAAUGAUUUUAUUCCACCUCCUAUCAAAAUAUUUUCUGUUCCAAACAACUAUUUUGGGUCUGAAUUUGUUAUUUACAACUCAGAAAUUCUGACAUCCGAGGACAAAUUGAAUGCAUCGUUUGACUAAAGUUGCCACCAGACCUUAAUAUCUUAUCUUGGUUUAGCUUAGCAGUUAUUUAGCUUAAUCAUUCUGGUUGGUUUAAUCUACAAUAGGUAAUGUCUGAAAGGUUGUCCACUUUUCGUGUUACCCUGUUGAACCUUAAAGCAGCAAUGCACAGUGUUUUGGGAUAUCUAUUGUAUAAAAAUCUUUAAAAUUAAGAAAACAAAAAUCAGAUGUAGUGUUAUAGCCUUACAACAAACAAUGUUGUUCCUUGUUGACCUGGGCAAAUUGACAGGAUCUGACUUAAAGGAAGUUCAGUCUGGUGUUACUCCGCUGGUUGAGGUUGAUGUUUUGGUUCCUAAUUAUUCCAGUUUACAUGCUGAACUGUUAAACUACUAAACACCACAUUGUAAGUCACUUUGGAUGAAAACCUUCCUCUAAAUGAAUGUAUGGUAUUGAAUGUAAUAUAACAGUUGCGGUCUAUUUCAAGACUUUAACUAACCUCUGCAGUAGGCAUGGUCAGCUUAAGAUCAGUUUCAUAACCUCGUGUUAAGCUACUACAAAGCCUGGCAUUUAUGCAAAAAAUUCAAAUACAGAUAUUAUAAAUGAUAACUUGAACAUUAAUUUAACAAACACCCUCCAAGUUUGUAAUUUUCAAAUGCUGACUUUGCAGGAGAAAAUUUGGAACCGGCCCAUGAAUAUAUUGCAUCCUAAAUGAAUCCAUUAUUUGUCAAUGAGUCAAUUGAAUUAAUCAAAUGACUCAUUUUGAUUUAUGAUUUAUUUUAACUUUGACCAAAAUUCAGAAUUCAGUCAAAUCUCAAAGUUGAAGAGGUUACAUGCUCAAGACUCUGGCACUUUCUCAAACAUCCGGUUAAAAUGUAUUAUUUCAAAUUUAGUGUUUUUUUUUUUUUACUUGUAACACUUUCCACUGUGUAGCAUUUAUUUCAAGCCUCACAAGCUGCCUUUUGUAUUAUUUUUUCCAACAAAUAUUAAACUCUAGAUUUAAUGACCAAAACUUAUUUUUUUGCUUAGUUUGAAGUCCAUUUUCUCUGACCUCUGAUUACUUUGCCACUGUAAUGGCACAGCAGCCUGCGUAAACAAGGUCAGAACUAGUUGACAAAAAGUAAGCCUCGAUUUACUCUCAUGUUCUUUAGUGACCAAGUUUAGUUUCCCUGGACAAAUUGGACCACUGACAGUUUAUCACAAAUUCUGUAUACCAAGUUAUUUUUGUUUUGUGUGAUGAUGCACAUUUGUAAACUUGCCUUAAUAUUCCUUUUGCAUUAAGAGGAGAAUCAGUUUCAAGAAAGAUUGUGGGAACUGGAAUUUGCCUUCAAACUGUCCACUUUAAUGAAAACGUUUUAGUUUAAAGAUCUAUAUUUGUAUGAAUGUAAGUAAACUGUACAUAACCAUAUUAAUAUGUAAAUCUUAUGUGUAAUAAAUUGACCCCUCUCACACUGUGAA